GAAGGAAAACGCGGAGGCACAGUCAUCACCGCAUUGGGGUCAUACUGUAUUUGUAGGCUAAUGUAGUUAGCCUAGCCGUAAACAUGUCCAGUUUUACCAGAUCUGCCCAGCAAUGGGCGACAUUUGCAAGAUCCUGGUACUUAAUAGAUGCCCGAAUGCAGCCUCCUGGUAAGAUUGCUGUAAUGUGCUCAGUGCGACUUCAGGGGAAACACAAGCCUAUCUACCAUGCACUAAGCGACAUUGGAGAUCACGUGGUGGUCAUGAACACCAGACAGAUUGCGUUCUCGGGAAAUAAAUGGGAACAGAAGGUCUACUCAUCACACACGGGAUACCCUGGUGGAUUUAAACAGCUCACAGCGGCCCAGAUGCAUCAAAAAGACCCCACUGCUAUCGUUAAACUGGCCGUGUAUGGAAUGCUCCCCAAAAACCUAAAGCGGAGGACCAUGAUGCAGCGGCUGCACUUCUUCCCUGAUGAUGCCAUUCCAGACGACAUCUUGAACAAUCUGACAGAGGAGCUGGCACAGCCCCGGGCCAUUCCACGCAAACUCAGCGAGUACACACAGGAGGAGCGCGACUCCUUCCCCCUGCUCUGGACCCCGCCAGAGGACUACAUAAUGAAGUGAGAUCAUCCCGGUCUGAUCCAGCAUCUAUUACUGCUGCUCUUCUUCUGUUCAUGAUUUUUCAUUCGUUUCUUUAUUAUAAAUUAUAUGUUGUGUUAAAAAAGUCAAUUAAAAAGUGUUGUGAUUUUUGCACAACAAUAAUGUAUAAAUGUAUAAUGUAUAAAUAAGAGCCGGUCAGGUGGUGCAAGCGGUAAGGUAGGCUAGCACACCAGAGUUGGGGUUUCAGAUACAUCGUAUCGAAUCUCAGCUCUGCCUUCCGACUGGGCGGCUGCAUGAACAACGAUUGGCUGUUGUUCAUAGGGUUAGGGGUAAAAAAAGUCGGAUCAUAGGUCCUCAUAACUGGUAUAAAAAGAUAUACACCGUUAAGUCACAUUAUUAUGACCUAACAAUGUGUCCUUAUUUCGACGGCUGUGGCAGCGUUCUGGUCUGGGGAAUGUUUUUGUGGCAUCUCUGGGCCCAUGCAUCCAUGUGCAAGGUACUCUCAACUGAUUUGGGUAUGAAUCCAUUCUUGCAGUUCACGUACACCAAUACAUGCUGAUUGUUUUCCCUGGGGUGGAUGGGAUCCUCCAGGCAAGACGAUGUGGCAUGUCACAUGGCUGAAAAUGUCAGACAUUUGUUGGAAGAGCAUGACCAAGACUUCCAAGUACUACCCUGGCCCCCUAAUUCCCCAGACUUGAACCCAAUUAAGCAUCUGUGGGACCUCAAUCGUCAUGUUUUCUCUGUGGAUCCUCCCCCACAUACCCUCUAGCAGCUGUGGGAUGCACUGCAGAUACCUGUGACAACCUACCAUGACCAUAUUGAGUCACUCCCAGUCUGUCUCUCCGUGCUGCACACGUCGGAUACUCUGGAUUUUAGCUGGUGGUCAUAAUAAUGUCUCUACAGUGUAUUAAGAGGUAAUUUGUUGGUACCCAUUUGUCUGGUGACUUCCUGUGACACAUGUGAAGCCAUCGACUGCAUCUUUACACCAGCAGGCAGUACUUCUGAAAAAUUCAUAGCAUGUCAUGUACUAAGGACCAGCCUACCAUCUCUGGAUUCUUCUGCUGAUCCUGAUGACACCUCAACCAGGCUGUAAAAAGUGCUGUUUUAAUGACAAGGAAGUUUUAUUUUACAAGUAAAUGUUAUUCCUGCUGAUCUCACAA